AUUUGAGGAAGAAUAUAUAAUCACCUGAAAUCAGAGCUGGUGAGGAAACUCUUCUUUAGCUCCAAAAAUGUUGGAGGAAGAUAUGGAAGUGGCUAUCAAGAUGGUGGUCGUAGGGAACGGAGCAGUUGGAAAAUCAAGCAUGAUCCAGAGAUACUGCAAAGGCAUUUUCACAAAAGACUAUAAGAAAACUAUUGGAGUUGAUUUUUUGGAGCGACAAAUCCAGGUUAAUGAUGAGGAUGUCAGACUAAUGUUGUGGGAUACAGCAGGUCAAGAAGAAUUUGAUGCAAUAACAAAGGCCUACUAUCGAGGAGCCCAGGCUUGUGUGCUUGUAUUUUCUACCACAGACAGAGAAUCUUUUGAAGCAAUUUCCAGUUGGCGAGAGAAAGUAGUAGCUGAAGUAGGAGAUAUACCAACUGUGCUUGUGCAAAACAAGAUUGAUCUCCUGGAUGAUUCAUGUAUAAAGAAUGAGGAAGCUGAGGCCCUGGCAAAAAGGUUAAAGUUAAGAUUCUACAGAACAUCUGUGAAAGAGGAUCUAAAUGUUAAUGAAGUUUUUAAAUAUUUGGCUGAAAAAUACCUUCAAAAACUCAAACAACAAAUAACUGAAGAUCCAGAACAAAGGCAUUCAAGUAGUAACAAAAUUGGUGUCUUCAAUACAUCUGGUAGGAGUCACUUGGGUCAGAAUUCCAGUGCCCUUAAUGGUGGAGAUGUCAUCAACCUUAGACCCAACAGACAGAGGACCAAGAAAAGCAGAAAUCCUUUCAGCAGCUGUAGCAUACCUUAA